AUGGAGCAAGGCUGGCCGAAGCCUUUUGCCAAGAGGUGGCCGGUGCUUCCGCCUGUGGCGAAGUGCACGAAGGAACGCAGCGCGCACGGCGGGCCCGCGCUGCGGCCACGGAAGGCGAUCGAAGCCGCAGUCCUGGCAGUUGGCCCUGGUCCGUCUGGCAGUUGGUCGCUCACGGCGCCGGCGAGGUCAGUGUCACUGGCGGACGAGGUCAAUGCAGCCAGACAUCGAGCUACCCAAACUCUUGUUGCACAAACGUGCGUUGUAUCAUGUUGUAUCCUCGAAAGAUGGUGGAAUUUUCUGCACACGGGUUUGGGUGGGAUUUUCCCACAUUAG